AUGAAUACUACCACAAUAGAAUCUCCAAGGACAUGUAGUUACAUUCCCAGGAAUAUUAAAGCUGUCCUCCUACCUCAAGUCAGCUCUAGGGAUGUGACUGCGGUAAAUGUUAAGUGUAACACAGGAAGAGGCGAAAAGCAACUGGUAAUAGCAUCCGUGUACUUACCACUGGGAGCACAUGAACCAUGUCCAACAUGGGAGCUGGCGAACUUGGUGAACCACUGUGACACCGGAGAUAUAAACAUCAUCAUCGGCACCGAUGCAAAUGCCCACUGUCUGUUGUGGGAGAGCAAGGAUACUAAGGAUAGAGGAAGAGCACUAGCUGAAUAUCUUUUGGAAACAAAUCUAGAGAUUCUCAACCGAGGCUGCGAACCAUCUUUCGUAACAUCGCGUAGUCAGUCAGUAAUAGAUAUUACACUGGCUACAUGGGAUAUCUCACAAUAUAUAAUGGAAUGGCACGUCUCUAAAGAGGUGUCACUGUCAGACCAUAAAUGGAUUGUGUAUACAUUAAGAUGUAUAGUCAUAGAGACAAAGACGUACAGGAACCCUAGGCUGACCAACUGGGCUUUAUACAACGAAGAACUGGAAGACAGACUGGGGACCUUCGUACAGUCGAUACCAAUAGAAUAUAAAUCGACAGAAGACAGAGAAAACCUAAGAAAGAAGGCCUGGGCAAAGGUACACCGAAGGCUCAGCCUGUUUCAAUCGGGGCAAAGAAAACUUUUCGAUAGCGCAAAAAACACUAAGAAAACUGAAGACUCGGAAGCUAAAGAGCACCGGAAAGAGUUUAAGAAAGAAUUAAGAAAGAGGAAACGGGAAACGUGGAGAUUCUUCUGCAGCGACAUAACGUCGACUGCUUCGGCCACAAGACUCUCUUCCGAGAAUUCUCUCGAAGGAUUACACACAUCAACCAGGUUUCCUAAGGACAGAGGAUCGCACCUUUACAGCCACUUAAGAAGAGUCCGCAGAACUUUUACUGCAGAUUAUGUUUCCAGGCAGCACAAGGACUACCUCCCAUUCCAAAAGGGAUGUAUCCAGCACUCAACCUUCCCCGAAGGACUGAGCGCUGGCGGCAAAGGUAGUCACGGAGGCAAGACUGGGCUGGGUAGUGAACAACUUUUCCCCAUAUAA